AUGCAGUUGGGCUCCACACACUUCUCUCCUCCCGAUCCACGAAGUCAAGCAGACCUUAUUCAGAGAGUUGACCAGCUAGCUCAGAAAGUUGACCAGCUCCUCAACCAUAUAUACUUAGCUCAAAACCUUAGCCUUGGACCACUGGGCGAAGAGAGAAGGAUGGACGACCACGCCAACAGGCAGAUCGACGAGUGCCGAGCAGGUCGAGCAGACAUGAGCAGACAAGGAGAGGGACAACAACGUGAUCAGCUCGCCAACAUGUCACAAGCAUCCUCAAGCCACACUCAGAGCAAUGUGCGAGGAAGGCUGGGCCCACGACUCGACAUCCGCGACCGCCUAGGCCCGCAGAGGAAUGCUCCUCAAAGGCUAGGCUCCCAGAGAGGUCAACCUGACAACCUUCACGGUGAGGAUGACGAGGAAAAGCGCUCCGCUGCUCACUCUCGAAGAACCAAUUCUCGUCGACAAGCUACAGAGGAUCACUCGCAAGCGCAGUCCACCAACACGCAGCCUAGGCAACGCAGCCGAGAAGCUCGAACCUUGCGAGUCAACGAGGAGGUCAAUCAGCGUCGCCCGAAUAGCGAAGGUUGCCAACGUGUCCAACCAGCAAUGCGUGCGGAAGACGUUAAGAAGCUUGUGAACGACCAACUUCGAGACUUGAAAGCUGGCGGGAACUUCGAAGAUGCCCUACGCAAGGAGAUGGACCAAGCGAACUCCACGCCUUUCACUGUCGAAAUUGAGCAUGCGGCUCCCCCGAAGCGGUUCUCGACGCCUUCGUUUACGCCCUUCAAGGGAGACUCCGAUACCGAGAGCCACCUAAAACACUUCAAAAGUGUCAUGAUCCUCCACAAGGACGACGACGCGUUGAUGUGCAAGGUGUUUGUGAUGACCCUGCGAGGAGCAGCUCAGGAUUGGUUCCACACCCUACCGUCCGAGUUGAUCAGCAGCUUCAAGGAGCUGGCAUACGUCUUCGCCAAAGCAUACACAUCUUACCGGACAAUCAAGAAGAACCCCGACCACCUGUUCAACCUACGCAAGAAGUCCGACGAAUCCCUUCGAGACUACAUCAAGAGAUUCAAAGCAGAAAAGGCCAACAUCGUAGGAUGUAACGACCAGAUCGCAUCCUCUGCCUUCAAGAGAGGCUUGCCAACUGAGUGUGACCUGUAUCGCGAGCUGACCAUCUCUCCCUGCCAAACACUGGAAGAAGUCUUCGCGACAGCAGAACGCUACGCACUUUGGGACGAUGACCGGAUCGCCGCAAAGAAGGUUGCCAAGCAAGCCGAUCAAUCGGUUGAGCAGGCAAGCCAAAGGAACGGUAGGAUAAAUGACAAGGAUGGAGGCAAGCAUGGAUUACAGCCUCUAUGUUAUCUUUUUAAAAACAAAUUUGGGAGAGAAAGCUGGAGAUUUCUUCUACGACAAGGUCUUGCCUUUCGUGGCCACAAUGAGUUUGAGGAUUCAAGCAACCAAGGUAAUUUUCUUGAGCUUUUGCAAUUUCUUGUUGAUCACAAUGAGGAAGUUAGAGCUGUUGCUUUGAAAAAUGCUCCUAAAAACCUCAAAGUAACUUCACCUAAGAUUCAGAAAGACAUUGUAAAUGCUGCAGCAACCACCAAGGAGCCACCUCAGAAGGUCAUAAGGAUUAACACAAUCCUAGCCGACUCCGAGGAAUCUGGGCUGACCAGCAAAGAAAAGAAGAGGAAGAUCAAACAGGCCAUUGUGGUCUCCCAAGUCUCGAUCGACCUUCCACCGGCGGAGGACGACCCUGUGAUCGGCUUCCAGAAGAAAGAUCUGAUCAGCCUCGAUAUGCCACACAACGACGCCCUUGUCGUCAGCAUUCAAAUCGCUUAG